UCGGGACGGUAAACCCGGCAAGCCUGGACCGAACGGCCGAGAUGCCGAAGAGGGACAACGACCAACUGAGAAAGACUGGUGCUUCAACUGCCCACCUGGCCCACCAGGACCGGCUGGCCGACCAGGACCCAAAGGACCACGCGGAGCACCAGGAGACCGUGGCGCAGACGGACCAAUGGGACCACCUGGCCCACCAGGAAGACCAGGCCCAAUGGGACCACGAGGACCACGCGGAGAGAUGGGACCUGCAGGCGAACCAGGCAAACCCGGUGUACAACACGAAGUUCCCGGACCAGCUGGCCCACGUGGAGCCGCCGGUGAGAUGGGAC